CUGAAAGCUUUUACAGAAACAGAAAUAUCUAAUAUGACAUGAUUGUGACACAUCAGCUGAAUAUCAAAUUUUAUAACCUUAUUUCUUGGAUUAUUGGAUGUCCAAAAGUUUGUAAAAGAUGUGGGCAGAUACCCUUUUAAUAGUAUUUAUUUCUAUAUGCACGGCAUUCUUAGGUGAAGGUUUAACAUGGGUGAUGGUAUACCGCACCGAAAAAUAUCAAAAAUUAAAGACUGAAGUUGAAAAGCAAAGUAAAAAGUUAGAAAAACGAAAAGAAAUUCAUGGAGAUUCGUUAGAUAAACAACAUAAGAAGAAAAUAGAACGUGAAGAAGAAAGGCUUAAAAACAAUAACAGAGACUUGUCUUUUGUCAAAAUGAAAUCAAUGUUUGCAAUAGGUUUUGCAUUUACAGCUUUAUUGAGCAUGUUCAAUAGCAUAUUCGAUGGAAGAGUGGUUGCCAGAUUACCUUUCCAACCCCUGACUUGGAUCCAAGGAUUGAGUCACAGGAACCUUCCUGGAGAAGAUUACUACGAUUGCUCAUUUAUCUUCCUUUACAUUUUAUGUACAAUGUCCAUCAGACAGAAUAUUCAAAAGUUGCUUGGAUUUGCACCUUCCAGAGCAGCUUCCAAACAAGGAAACAGCCUAUUUGGGCCUACUCCAGGACAAUUUAAAUAGGAUAUGUGGUAAUUGUUUACUGUCUCCACUACUGAGGAAAAAUGCAUAUUUUUUACCACAAUGCUGGAUUUGGUUUAGAUUUCUUUUUAUUAGUAAUGGGGUUCUCAAAUACCAAAAAUCAACUAAUAUUUGGUUCCUUAAAGUUCUUGAGAUGUCUCUUAAAGAAAGAACUUAAAGGAAAGUAUUUGAAUCCUAGCUGAUGAUUGGUAUUUUAGAAACAUGUUGGCUGCGUUACGAGACAAAUAGACUUCAUAUUACAGUAACAGCAAGCAGAGAACAGGCUCCAUAAUUGGAGAUUUGUAUCUGCGAAAAUUAUGGUAUUAUAAGGAGUUUGAAUUUCUGUACAAUCAGACUCGCUACUUGAUCAACACCAAUGAGUCAUGAGUAAAAUCGUCGUUGUUAAAACCGGAGUCAUGAGUAAAAUCGUCGUUGUUAAAACCGCAGCAUUAUAGUGCGUAUGUUAAUCACCCACUUUAGCACUUACUAGAGAAAGUAUCCUAAUAAUACAUGUUAGCCAUUUAGCAGAAUACUCAUACACACAUAAAAAGUAUCAUUUUAUCUUAGUUAGAACGGAAAGUAAACAAUUACAACAUAAAAUGUUGACUCAUUUGUUAAAUUCUGAAAUUUGUUUAUUAUUUAUUAGCUUUAUCUUUAGUAUAAUAACAUAUCCAAUACAGUAAUGUAAUUGAAAGACAUUCAAUAAAGACUUCUGUAGUA